AUGGGGAGGAAGCUGGACCUGUCUGGUCUGACCGAUGAUGAAACAGAGCAUGUUCUCCAGGUGGUUCAGCGAGACUUCAAUCUCCGAAAAAAAGAGGAAGAGCGGCUCAGCGAGAUGAAGCAGAAGCUGGAUGAGGAAGGCAGCAAGUGCAGCAUCCUCUCCAAGCACCAGAAGUUCGUGGAGCACUGCUGUAUGCGCUGCUGCUCACCCUUCACCUUCCUUGUCAACACCAAGCGCCGGUGUGGGGACUGUAAGUUCAACGUCUGCAAGAGCUGCUGCUCCUACCAGAAGCACGAGAAGGUGUGGAUCUGCUGCGUCUGCCAGCAGGCGAGGGUGCUGAGGACCCAGUCUCUGGAAUGGUUCUACAAUAAUGUGAAGAGCCGCUUCAAACGCUUUGGCAGCGCCAAGGUCUUGAAGAACCUGUACAGGAAACACCGGCUGGAGAGCGGAGGGUGCUUCGACAUCCUAGGAGGAAGCUUUUUUGAGGCAAACCUGGAGAAUGAAGGAAGUAUUUCAGGCAGUGACUCAACAUUUUAUAGGCAGUCAGAAGGACAUAGCAUGAUGGACACAUUGGCUGUCGCCCUACGGGUGGCUGAAGAGGCCAUAGAAGAAGCGAUCUCCAAAGCAGAAGCCUAUGGGGAUAGCCUGGACAAGCAGAAUGAGGCCAGUUACCUGCGGGACCACAGGGAGGAGCUGACUGAGGAACUGGCCACAACCAUCCUGCAGAAGAUCAUAAGAAAACAGAAGAGCAAAAGUGAGCAGCACGUGGAAGAGGAGCUGGAGUGGCCACAGCCCCAGAGCUGCAGUGCCAAGGCAGCUGACGAGGGGACCACAGCCUCCCCGGGAGGCCACCGCACCUCCACCACCUUCUGGCGGUCACAGUCUGCGUUCUCACUCAGCAGAGAAGAUGUCCUGAGGACCUCUUCGCUGGAGGUUGCAUCGAGGCAGCUGAGGGAGGAGGAGGCAUUGCCCAGCUGGAAGAGCGUGGACAGGCCGGAUGAGACAAAUGUGGCCCCAGUUUUGCAGAGCCCUGACGGGAACUGGAUGGCCCUGAAGGAUGGGGCUCUGCCCCCAACCCGCCUGCUGGCCAAACCUAAGAGUGGCACAUUUCAGGCCCUGGAGGCGGCCUCCAGCGUGGCGUCCGCCUACGAUGAGAUGGGCUCUGACAGCGAGGAGGAUUUUGACUGGAAGGAGGCCUUGAGCAUGCUGUGCCCACAGCCCCAGAGCCUGCCCAGGAACCCCCAGCCUCAGCCCAUGCAAGCCCAGGGCUCAAACCAAGGCCCCUCCGCCUACUCUGGGCUCUCCCCCAACCCCGAGGCCAUGUGCUCUGACUCAGAAACCUCCUCGGCAGGCUCUUCCCGGGAAGCUGGGCGCCGGGCCGGGCUGACCUGGUUGCAGAGGAAGGCCCCCAGGAAUCCCUCAGCCGAGAAGAUGCGCCUACAGGGAAAGCUAGACGUGAACUUCAACCCCCAGGCAGCCAGCAGGGAGACCUCAGACAGCAGCGAGCCUGAGGAGGCCCCCCACCUUGAAGAUCGGAGGGCCAGGAGGUGGAGAAGGGCCCGGGUGGGCUCGGAGGAGCCAAGCAAGGAAUUAUCUUCCCCCAGCGGCCAUCCCCCGGAGCUGGACACACAUCAGGUGUCCGGUGAUUUAUCAAAGACUGACAUCUGCAAUGAGGCUCGGCACCCACAGGCCGGCACAGACGCUGCAGAAGAGAUACGGACAAACAGGCUGUACGAGUUGGCAAUGAAAAUGAGUGAGAAGGAAACUUCCUCUGGGGAGGAUCAGGAGUCCGAGCCCAAGACAGAGUCUGAGAACCAGAAGGAAAGUCUGUCCUCUGAAGACAACAGCCAGAGUGUCCAGGAAGAGCUGAAGAAGAAGUAUUCUGCUGUUUCUCUCUGCAACAUCUCCACAGAAGUCCUGAAAGUCAUCAACGCCACGGAGGAGUUGAUAGCAGAGUCUACAGGGCCCUGGGAGUUCCCACCUGUCCCUCCUGACAGAGAGAAAGGGACGUUUCCUCUUGGAACAGACCAAGUGAGACUGGAUGAGCAGCUGACUUCCCUGGAAGAAAAUGUGUACCUAGCGGCAGGUACCGUGUAUGGACUUGAAGGCCAGCUGAGUGAGCUAGAGGAUGCUGCCCGCUGCAUCCACAGUGGCACUGAUGAGACUGAACUGGCAGAUCUGGAGGACCAAGUAGCCACGGCAGCAGCCCGGGUCCACCAUGCUGAGAUCCAGAUUUCUGAUAUUGAGAGCCGGAUUUCAGCCCUGACCAUUGCAGGAUUAAACAUAGCACCCUGUGGGCGCCUCACAAGAAAACGAGAUCAGAAGCAAAGGAACCAGGUACAAACCAUAGACACAUCAAGGCAGCAGAGGAGGAAACUCCCUGCUCCACCGAUGAAAGCUGAAAAAAUUGAGGCAUCUUCAGCGACCACCAUUAAAACAUUUAACCGCAACUUCAUUCUCCAAGACUCCUCGACAAACAGGACUACAGAAAGGAAAAGCACUACCAAGGAUUUGAUAGAGCCCACCCUGGAGUCUGCUGUGAGGUAUUAG